CCAACCGCCGCCAGGGCCGCUCCGCCCAGUGGAGUCUGUCCGGCCCCCUUGUUGCCCGCCUGCUCCCGCCGGCCGGCGCCAGCUGCCGGCGCUCGGGCACCGCGGGCGGGGUCGGAGCUGGGCCUUCGUGACGCCGAAGCUGCCGUUCCCGCAAGCUCAGGCCAGGGCCUCCUUUUCGGGGCCGGGCCUGCGGCGGUGGCGUGGGUUGCAGAACGGUAGCGAGUUGCCGCCGAGGCACAGCUAGCGAUCUGGCGGGGGCGGAAAAUGGCGGCUUUGGAAGAGCUAAAUGGCGCCGGGACCCCUGGGGGUGGGGUGGGCCGAGAGCUUGGCUAGAGAAUCGGGCCCGGGAACACGGAAAUUGAUAGGCUCACCCCAAAAUAUGCUUUUUGGGACUGAUCUAGAACCAGCAUAUUCUUCGUGAAUCUCUUUAAUUGAUUGCAGUUGAGCUAGAUGGUGGAGCCAAAAUGCUAUUGCCCUGUCUUCAUCAACAGUUAAUCAAGUGUUGCAGAGGUAGGAACAUGGGGGAGAAACAAUCUGGAUAACAUGAAAGUGAUGCUGGUGGCUAAGGGAAGGCAUCUGGAUUCUGUGGGAAGGGCUAUAGCUGAUCCAUCUGUUUUCUAGAUUUGAGUAUGAGCACAGUUGAAGAGGAUUCUGACACAGUGACAGUAGAAACUGUGGACUCUGUGACUUUGACUCGGGACACAGACGGGAACCUCAUUCUUCAUUGCCCUCAUAAUGAAGCUGAUGAAAUAGACUCAGAAGAUAGUACUGAACCUCCACAUAAAAGGCUUUGCCUGUCUUCUGAGGAUGAUCAAAGUAUUGAUGAUUCCACUCCUUGCAUAUCUGUUGUUGCACUUCCACUUUCAGAAAAUGAUCAGAGCUUUGAGGUGACCAUGACUGCAACCACAGAGGUGGCAGAUGAUGAGAUUGCUGAGGGAACUGUGACACAGAUCCAGAUUCUACAGAAUGAGCAACUAGAUGAAAUAUCUCCCUUGGGUAAUGAGGAGGUUUCAGCAGUUAGCCAAGCAUGGUUUACAACUAAAGAAGAUAAGGAUUCUCUAACUAACAAAGGACAUAAAUGGAAGCAGGGGAUGUGGUCCAAGGAAGAAAUUGAUAUUUUGAUGAACAAUAUUGAACGCUAUUUGAAGGCACGCGGAAUAAAAGAUGCUACAGAAAUCAUCUUUGAGAUGUCAAAAGACGAAAGAAAAGAUUUCUACAGGACUAUAGCAUGGGGUCUGAACCGGCCUUUGUUUGCAGUUUAUAGAAGAGUGCUUCGCAUGUACGAUGACAGAAACCAUGUGGGAAAAUAUACACCUGAAGAAAUUGAAAAGCUCAAGGAGCUCCGGAUAAAGCAUGGCAAUGACUGGGCAACAAUAGGGGCGGCGCUAGGAAGGAGUGCCUCUUCCGUCAAAGAUCGGUGCCGACUGAUGAAGGACACUUGCAACACAGGGAAGUGGACAGAAGAAGAGGAAAAGAGACUUGCAGAGGUGGUGCAUGAAUUGACAAGCACCGAGCCAGGUGACAUAGUCACUCAGGGUGUGUCUUGGGCAGCUGUGGCAGAACGAGUGGGUACUCGCUCAGAAAAGCAGUGUCGUUCUAAGUGGCUCAAUUACCUGAACUGGAAGCAGAGCGGAGGUACCGAGUGGACCAAGGAAGAUGAAAUCAAUCUCAUCCUCAGGAUAGCAGAACUUGAUGUAGCUGAUGAAAAUGAUAUAAACUGGGAUCUGUUAGCGGAGGGAUGGAGCAGUGUCCGUUCACCACAGUGGCUUCGAAGUAAAUGGUGGACCAUCAAAAGGCAAAUCGCAAACCAUAAGGAUGUUUCGUUCCCUGUCUUGAUAAAAGGUCUUAAACAGUUACAUGAAAAUCAAAAAAACAACCCAACGCUUUUGGAGAAUAAAUCAGGACCUGGAGUUCCAAACAGUAAUUCCAAUUCCAGUGUACAGCAUGUUCAGAUCAGAGUUGCCCGCUUGGAAGACAAUGCUGCCAUCUCUCCAAGCCCCAUGACAGCCCUGCAGAUUCCCGUCCAGAUCACCCACGUCUCUUCAGCAGACUCCACCGCUGCUGCUGUUGACUCGGAAACAAUAACACUAAACAGCGGAGCACUGCAGACGUUUGAGAUCCUCCCAUCUUUCCAUUUACAGCCCACUGGCACUCCAGGCACCUACCUGCUUCAGACAAGCUCAAGCCAAGGCCUUCCCCUCACCCUGACUGCGAGUCCCACAGUCACCCUGGCAGCUGCCGCUCCUGCUUCUCCUGAACAGAUCAUUGUCCAUGCUUUAUCUCCAGAACAUCUGUUGAACACAAGUGACGUCACAGUGCAGUGUCACGCACCAAGAGUCAUCAUUCAGACAGUUGCCACAGAGGACAUCGCCUCUUCCAUAUCCCAAGCAGAACUGACAGUGGAUAGUGAUAUUCACUCAUCUGAUUUUCCUGAGCCUCCAGAUGCCCUAGAAGCAGACACUUUCCCAGAUGAAAUUCAUCAGCCUAAGAUUACAGUAGAGCCGUCAUUUAAUGAUGCUCAUAUAUCCAAAUUCAGUGACCAAAAUAGCACAGAACUGAUGAAUAGUAUUAUGGUCAGAACAGAAGAAGAAAUCUCUGACACCCACCUUAAACAAGAGGACGAACCCUCACCAUUAGCCCGGGCUUAUGUUACUGAGGAUUUAGGCUCUCCUACCAUAGAAGAGCAAGUUCAUCAAACAACAAUUGAUGAUGAAACGAUACUUAUUGUUCCUUCACCACAUGGCUUUAUCCAGACAUCUGAUGUUAUAGAUACUGAAUCCGUCUUGCCUUUGACAACACUAACAGAUCCCAUACUCCAGCAUCAUCGAGAAGAAUCAAACAUCAUUGGAUCAUCUCUGGGCAGUCCUGUCUCAGAAGACUCAAAAGAUGUUGAGGAUUUGGUACACUGUCAUUAGGUAAUUCUUAGAAACAAGCCAUUCAGGCAAAGUCACACUGUUCAUUAUAUCUCCAAAGAAAUAGGAGCAACCCCCAAGAGGCUUAAUUUACCAUUCCUCUGGCUUUUGAAUAGCUGCAGUGCUCAAGCCACAUUCAGUGUUGCUGCUAUGACUUUUUACCUCUUUAAAUAUAUCAUCUGAGGUCUAGUCUUACAACAGUGUGUAGUCGAGUGGAGCACUAGGGUCUUAACUGCAGAGAUCCCAGUGAUUAGUGUUUCUUGUCAGCAGGGAAUUUGAUUCACUUUAGCUGAGAGAAUUUUAAAAUCGCCAAAGCUUAACUACUGUUUAAAAAGCAGUAAUAUUCAUCUCUACAGUUCAGACAUGGCACUCUGUCCGGCCUCAAGUAGGCCUGUUUAUAUUUCAGAGAAGUCACAUUAACAUGCUCUAGAGCUUCCCAGUGACGACCUGCACAGAGAUAUCUUCUAAGUAGUUUGAGACUUGAGGUGAUUGUGUGGGGGUUAUUUGGGUUUACCCAUUGCUGGCAGUGGGAGCUGAUUUGGGCUGGGUAAUGGGAAGAGUAUUAAAAGGGUUUAGAAAAUUCACUACAGGUUUUUUUUUUAAUUAUUUUUUAAAGGGAAUAUGGAUGAGAGUGGUAAAACAAAAUUCACCAGAAGCUAAGCAUUUUCAUCCCUCAGAACCCACUGUCACCAGUUUACAAAGUUAGCACUUUGAAGUAAAACUAAAUGGGAAAGGAAGUACUAAGUUGCCUAUCCUGUACCAUGACCUUUUAUUACAUGUUUUGCUAUGUAAAUUACCCAGGAAAUAGCAGAGUAUCAGAGUUUGCCGUUCACUUAGUGCAUUAACUGGUGGGGGUUUGAUAUAACUUCUCCCUCUCAGGCAAUUUAAAAACACAAAAUUUGCUUCUUUAAUGAAAGGAAACAAACCAAGAGUCAUUCCUAUACUAGAGAAGGUUAAGCCAAAAUUAGCCUCUAGGGCUUUAAUGAAUAUGACCCCUAUAGAAAAAGUUAAAAAAAAAAAAAAAGGAAAAAAAACUUGUAUAAAUUAUUUUAUUUAUUAUUGUAAUUAGAUCUACACAAUCAAAGUUGUCUUUUCACCGUCUGUGUUUUGUUAACGUGAAAUUGUAGUUAUAAGCAAAAGUUGGUUGCCUAGGGAACAAUAAUUGUAUAUUCAGUUUAACAGAAAUAAAAGAAUAUUUGUCUUAAAA